AUGGACGCCGACUUGGAGCAGAAUGUUGAUCGGGAUGGAAGCGGACGCAGACUCCAAGAAGCCUUACGAGAUGACGCAAUUGAUGCGAAGUUUGGAUUUGUGCGGCACAAAGGUUCGGAGGAGAAAACGGGUUGGCUUCUCAACGUGCAUUCCAUUGAAAUCUUGGACGAAGAUAAAAGACUCGUCAGUGCUGUGGAUUAUUACUUCAUUCAAGACGAUGGCUCCCGCUUCAAAGUUUCGCUUCCGUACCGGCCAUAUUUUUUCGUGGUUCCAAGGGAAGGAACAGCUCCUGAUGUUCUCGCCUACCUCAACAAACGCUUCUCCGGGAUUUUUGCUGGCACUGAGAUGAUACAGAAGGAAGAUCUAGACCUGAGGAACCAUUUGGUUGGAGUGAAGCAAACUGUGAUCAAACUCUCCUUUCACACCGUGAAUGACUUGCUGAAAGUUCGACGAGUUAUUCAGCCUGCUGUAAGAAAAAACCGUGAGCGUGCAGCCAAUGCCGCCAAGAAUGUGGGGGAUUGCGGAAAUUUUGGCGAUUUUGAUCAUGUGAAACCGAUUGUGGAUCAAUUGGAGAACAUGGUUGACAUGAGGUGCAUUGCAUACCACCAGGUGAAAGCCCUGUUGCGUGAAACCACGAUUGUAAAUAUUGUGCCAUUAUUUCCGAAAAUCUUUUCGGACAGGGAAUACGACGUCCCCUACCAUAUCCGAGUGUCGAUUGACAAUGGUAUCUUCGUGGGAAAGUGGUACACGGUUAAAGUUUCCGGUGGAAUUCGGCCAGCGUUUCAAGUUCGAGAUGAUCUGAUUGAUCGUCCAGAUGCGAUCGUCUUGGCUUAUGACAUUGAAACCACGAAACUUCCCCUGAAGUUCCCCGAUUCCAACGUUGAUCAAAUCAUGAUGAUUUCCUACAUGAUUGAUGGCCAGGGAUUUUUAAUAACCAACCGGGAAGUUAUCGCCGAGGACGUGGAAGACUUUGAGUUCACACCCAAGCCGGAAUUCGAAGGCUUAUUCACUGUGUUUAACGAAGCAGACGAAUGUUCUACUUUGAAACGCUUUUUUGACCAUAUCAUCGAGAUCCGUCCUCACGUUUUCGUUUCGUACAACGGCGACAAUUUCGAUUGGCCGUUUGUUGAAGCCCGGGCUGCUUUCCAUGGACUAGACAUGCUGAAAGAAAUCGGGUUUACGAAGAAAAAUGAUGGGUCGUAUGCUAGUCGACCUGCGUCGCAUAUGGAUUGUCUCUGCUGGGUGAAACGAGAUUCUUACCUUCCUGUGGGUUCGCAAGGCUUGAAAGCUGUUGCAAAAGCCAAGCUCCGGUAUGAUCCUGUGGAAGUCGAUCCCGAAGAUAUGUGUCGAAUGGCUGUGGAGGAACCUCAAUCAUUGGCCAAUUAUUCAGUCUCAGACGCAGUGGCAACGUAUUAUCUUUAUAUGAAGUACGUCCAUCCGUUCAUUUUCGCCUUGUGUACAAUCAUCCCGAUGGAACCUGAUGAGGUCCUACGAAAGGGUUCAGGGACCCUCUGUGAAACCCUGUUGAUGGUGAAGGCGCAUGAAGUGAACGUUGUUUUUCCGAACAAGCAAGAGGCAGUUUUGAACAAGAUGACGGAAGACGGGCAUUUGCUGGACCAGGAGACUUAUGUCGGAGGUCACGUUGAAGCUCUAGAAGCUGGUGUUUUCAGGGCAGAUAUUCAAUACAGGUUCAAAACUGAUCCAACUGCCUUCGAAGAAUUGUCAGAGAAGGUGGAACGCACAUUGGAACACGCGAUUGUAGAAGAGGAAGGUGUUGCGUUGGAAGACGUUGAAAACUUGACAGAUGUGGUGAAGGAAAUCAAGGAGAAGCUUCAAGGGCUGCAUGAUAUCCCGUACAGAGUGGAGAAGCCUUUGAUAUACCACUUGGAUGUUGGUGCGAUGUACCCGAAUAUCAUUUUGACUAACCGACUUCAGCCGUCUGCCAGUGUGGACGAAGAAAUUUGCGCUGCCUGUGAUUUCAAUAGACCUGACGCCACAUGUCAACGAAGCAUGCCGUGGAUGUGGCGAGGAGAAUUCAUGCCAGCAACGCGGAACGAAUACUACCGAAUUCAGAGACAGCUUGAAGGGGAGCGGUUCCCGCCUUUUGAACCUGGUGGACCCAUGAGGGCAUUUCAUCAGUUGUCAAGAGAAGAACGAGCGGAGGCUGAGAAACGUCGACUCGGAGACUAUUGUCGAACGGUCUACAAAAAGACGAAAGUGACUAGAACUGAAUUGAAACACACGACGAUUUGCCAGAGAGAAAACAGUUUCUAUAUCGACACGGUCCGAGCUUUUCGAGACCGGCGAUACGAGUACAAGGGGUUGCUGAAGGCAAGUGGACCAGCCGUUGCGAAACGACAAGUAGCUGACGCCGUGGCAAAAAAUGACGCCGCUGAAAUCAAAUCGGCGCAGAAUCGAGAAGUUUUGUAUGACUCCUUGCAGCUUGCUCACAAGUGUAUCCUAAAUUCAUUUUACGGAUAUGUCAUGAGGAAGGGAGCGAGGUGGUACAGCAUGGAAAUGGCAGGAAUCACGUGCUACAAAGGAGCUAGUAUCAUUACUCGUGCCCGAGAAAUUGUGGAAAGAAUUGGUCGCCCUUUAGAACUAGAUACCGAUGGUAUUUGGUGCAUGCUGCCUGCAUCCUUCCCCGAAAAUUUCGUCAUCAAGACCAAGAACCCGAAGAAGCCGAAGCUGACAAUUUCUUAUCCCGGGGCUAUGCUAAAUAUCCUUGUGAAAGAACAUUACACCAAUGAUCAGUAUCACGACCUCGUUGACCCCGAAGAACACAGAUACGCUGUUCGUAGCGAAAACUCCAUAUUCUUUGAAGUGGACGGUCCCUACUUGGCCAUGGUUUUGCCUGCUUCGAAAGAAGAAGGCAAAAAGCUGAAAAAGCGUUAUGCGGUGUUCAAUUUCGAUGGUUCGCUGGCGGAGUUGAAGGGCUUCGAAAUCAAGCGUCGCGGGGAGCUUCAGUUGAUCAAGAUUUUUCAGUCCUCCGUAUUCGAGUCGUUCUUGAAAGGCGAUUGUUUGGCUACUUGCUUCCAGGCGGUGGCAAAAGUGGCGAACUAUUGGUUGGACGUGCUUUAUUCCAAAGCGGCAAACAUGACGGAUGUCGAGCUUUUCGAACUCAUUUCGGAGAAUCGCUCCAUGUCUCGUCGUCUCGAAGACUACGGAGGACAAAAGUCCACUUCUAUAAGCACCGCGCGUCGCCUGGCCGAAUUCCUCGGCGACCAAAUGGUGAAAGACGCGGGUUUGUCUUGUCGUUACGUGAUUUCGAAGCGUCCGGAAGGUGCUCCGGUGACUGAGCGAGCCGUGCCGACGGCGAUAUUCCAGGCAGAGGCGUCCGUCCAGCGGUAUUAUUUGAGGAAGUGGCUGAAAAUGCCUGGUUUGGUGGACGUGAAUGUGAGGCAGAUGAUUGACUGGGAUUAUUAUAUCGAGCGAUUGAGUGGCACGAUUCAGAAGAUCAUUACCAUCCCCGCUGCUCUGCAAGCCGUUUCCAAUCCAGUUCCCCGAGUACCACAUCCUGAAUGGCUUCACAAGCGACUUUCAGAGAAGGACGAUGCUCUGAAACAACGCCGCAUUAACGAGAUGUUCAAGCCCGUUGCGAGACCCAAGAAACCGGAGAUUGGUGGAACUGACGACAUUGAAGACCUCGGAACUCCGAAAAAGAAAUCGAACAAAGAAAACGUACCGAUCGUGGCAAAAUUGACUGAGAGUCAGGUGAAGAAGCACCGAUUGGCUCCCAUAGGGUAUUCCGUCUCCCAAAUGGGAAUCGUAACCCAGAAGGAUUCCUCAAACAAUUCUAUUGUUGCUGCGCCUGCGGAAGCCCAUUGGCGAGACGUUCUUGGGGCACCUCCGAAAAUGGGGAAGACGAAGGCGGAUUUGCGUGCGUGGAUCACGUUUCAAAAGAAGAAAUGGGCUCUACAGCGAGAGCAGCGAUCCAGAGCUAAGCUAGACGGACGAGACAUGGACUUGUUGCGGUCGUCUGUGUCUGCAACAACAGCAACUGGCGCCGUUUCUGGGCCAGCGUCUCGUUCGAGCUUGUUCGGCGUCCGUGGCGGCGCCACACUGCUCAACUCUCCAUGGCAGAUCGUACAGGUCACGGAGACUCCUGCCCUGGGCGUCCUGCGUGCUUGGGUCUUGCUUGGUGCCGGGGCGGAGCUGAGAGCUGUGGACUUGCUGGUGCCUAGAACGUUUUAUGUCAACCACCGUUCAACUAGGGCAACCGAAGAAGGCAACACGUGGAAGCGAGUUAUGAAGUCUUUACCACGGUCGCAUCGUGUCCUCAACCUGUUCGAGUAUGUGAUACCGGAAGCGGCAUUUCAAGAACAUUCCUCAGACCUGGUUGCCGACUUGUCGAGCCCAGAAAUUGAAGGCAUUUAUGAAACCCAAGUUCCCUUGGACUUCCGAGUUUUGGCAAAGUUGGGAUGCGUGUGCAGGGUUGAACCAGGCGAGGCUCAACGACUUCGUCGACAAUACGGCAACUCCGUGCCGCAAAGUUUCCACGUGAAUCAACUCUCCUUCGGAACUUGUGUUCAGUAUGAUUACCUGCCUCAUGGUUCCAUGAAGCUCAUAUUUCUCUACCAUCAUCAAGUGGGAAACAAGGCCUUCUUCGGGGUUUUCUUGGACGCAGUAAAAAAGGCGCAUGUUUUUGUCCUCGACUCCGUGAGAACAAAUCAGUUGCCGAAUCUCGCCACGCUGUUUGCGAAUGAAAGGAAGAAAAGAAUUUCGGAUUCGAGAUACGAUGCAGCGAUGCUCCCUGCGGAAGGAUUCACUUUUCAGUCAGAGGUCCAAACCGAUCCUGCCGUCGUUUUUAGAGCGAUUCAGAAGUUGCUUGUUGCGUAUCAAGGUGAACGACGUGGUCCGACGUUGAUCGUGCUGCAGACCAAAAUCGGCCAAGGGGCACUCUUGCGAAAAAUUCCGAUCAUCAGGGAAUUCCCGACGACCCGGCUGUUCAUAGAGGACGCCACUACGGCAUUCUCGGGCUUGGAUUGGCAGCGAGUCGGAUCUAAGUUGAUGAUCAAGCGCUUCAUCGAUGCUCCGUUCCUUCUUGACACGUUCACGGAGCAAUGUCGUUACUAUCAUUUGCCGAUCGGGAACCUGUCCCCAGAUAUCCCGGUCCUGGCUUCUGACGUUUUCUUUGCGCGACGUUUGUUGAAGAAUAAUUUCGUGCUUUGGUGCUCCCGGUCGGAUAUGCCGGACUUGGGAGGGAAAGAAAACGACGAUUUGCGGAUGCUGAUGGAUCAGGAGGAUUCGUCCACGUUCGAAGUCAACAAUCCCGGGUGUUACCUGACUGUGUGUGUCGAGAUCUCGAUUGAGAGUGUGCCGGUGACUGCAUUGCUCCAGGCGCCGAAUCUUCACGAUAUGGAAGGAGGUGCUUCAAAUAUCGCCUUCGACGCGUCGAAUCAAACGUCAGUGUCGGAAAUGUUUGCCAAGGGCGAGAACGCGCCGCCGCCGUCGUAUGACGAAACUGUGGCUUGCAGUGGAGCUCUUAGGAUUCUUCGGGGACUUGUUGCUUGCUGGCUGCGUGAAGUGUCUGUCAAUAGAAAUCCGUAUUCUGACAACCUGCUGCUGCAUUUUUACCGAUGGAUGGGAUCAUCGUCUUCCUUAUUGUAUGAUCCCGCCAUUAUCAAGAUCCUGAAUCUUCUGCAGAAAAAGCUGCUCAAACAGAUUUUAGCCGAUUUCCAGCGACUAGGAGCCAAGAUCGUGUUCGCGGAUGCUAACAGAGCAAUAAUAGCGACCAACAAAGCGACGUUGCAAGAUGCGGAUUGCUACGUCAAGUACGUUAUAAAGACGAUCCGAAGCUCGUCAAUUUUCCACUCGGUCCACAUGGAGCCUGUCAAUUUCUGGAAGACUUUACUGUGGAUGGAUCAGGCGAAUCAUGGAGGUGUUCGAAUGUCGACUAUUCCUCCUCCUGAUAGAGAACCGUUCGAAUCCGACGAGGCUCAAGAAUAUCUGGAUAUUGAUGUGACUUGGCAGAUUAUGGAAGCGCUUCCGGAAGAUGGAAACUGUAGACACAGUUUCCAGACAUUCAUCGUGAUGUUCAUCGACGUGCUGCAUCAGAAAAUGGAAGAGCUUUCUGUGCCGAUUUCAACGCAAGCGAUUGCAAAUUCGAAGAAAACCGAGGAGUCUGUCCGGGAGUUUCUGCAGCGUUUCAUCACGGAGGAAUUUUCGCAGAAGCUGUUCCAAUACACAUCGAAAGCAAGGGACAAGUUGUCAGCUUGGGAACCUUCGGAUGAGCAGAAGCGCGCUAGCCUGGUUAUGGACCUUGCGGCAGCAAAAAACCCGGUUCUACAAUUCGUCAAAUCGAUAUGCAAGGUGUUGUCCUUGGAAGACAGCAUUGAAGAGCAGGUUCGGUCGCUGCGACGCAAUUUGCUGAAGCUAUUGCAGAUUGGAGAGUAUUCUGACGAGAGUGAAUGGGAGAAUCCGGUCCCGAGUUUACCGCUUUCGAAAGUGGUUUGCAAAAUCUGCUCCAUGUGCAGUGACAUCGAUCUGAUAAGGUCCACGCACAUCAAGCUUGUGAAUGGCCGGCCACAUUGGACGUGUCCGAGUUGCGAUUCACCCUACGAGAAGUCUCACAUCGAGAGCAUCCUCAUCAACAUGACGCGAAGGGUGUUCGUGGGUGCGACGUUGCGCGACUUGACGUGUUGUCGUUGUAAGCAAGUUAAACUGGCGAAUAUGUCUGGGCAUUGCGAGUGUGGUGGGAAUUUUACGGAUGCGGGUAUGACCGGAGGUGCAGAGGAAUUGAAGAAAACUCUGAAAUUGUAUGCCUGCGUCGCGAAGCAUUAUGACUUGCCAUUGCUGCUUGAACUCGUUGAUUUGAAUUGAUUUAGUUUUGUAAGCUCUUUGUACUCUUCAGCUGUGUGAUUGAAUAAAAUUGAAAAAAUUGAAAGAAAAAAGA